AUGUCUCUAGGUUUAGGUUCAUGCAACUUAAAUAGUUUCCCUGAGUUUCUACAAGAUCAAGACAACUUGCAAGAGCUGGAUCUAUCCUACAAUAACAUUUAUGGUCAAGUUCCCGAAUGGUUUAUGAAUGUGAACACAGAAAACCUACUAUAUUUGAACCUUUCUGGAAACUUUCUAACAAGUUUUGCUCAAGAUCCCAUUAUUUUCAAGUGGAAAAGACUUGGUAAAGCAGAUCUCAGCUUCAACCAGUUGCAAGGAUCAGUACCAAUUCCCCAACCUGUAAUUGAGAGCUACUUCAUCUCAAAUAACAGACUCUCUAGAGGAAUAUCGCCACUCAUAUGCAAUCUAAGCUCUAUUCGGAUGAUUGAUUUGUCUAAUAAUAAUCUGACUGGGGUUAUUCCACAAUGUUUGAGUAAUUUGAGUGGUACUUUGGAAGUAAUGAGUUUACACAGUAACAACUUUAUCGGGAAAAUUCCUAACUUGAAUGCGAACUUCUGCAUGCUUGUUCAAAUCGAUGUGAGUUACAAUAAAUUGCAAGGGCCAUUACCAAGAUCACUCCACAAAUGUAACAAUUUGGAAUUCCUGAAUUUCGGAAACAAUCAGAUUACGGAUGUUUUCCCAUCAUGGUUGGGCUCACUACUAAGCUUGAAGGUACUUAUAUUGCGAUGCAAUGGAUUUCAUGGACUUAUUGAGGAACAGGCUGACGGGAUUGAGUUUCCUAUGCUACAAAUCAUCGACCUCUCCCCAAAUAUUUUUUCUGGUAGCUUGCCAUCUAGAUACUUCAAGCGUUGGAUUGCCAUGAAAGUUUCUGAGACAAAUCCAUCGAGCUACAUUGGGCAUCCCAUCGCGUUAUAUCCAGGUUCAACUUUUGACUACUCUAUGAGUGGGAGCGAUCCCGAGUCCAUUGGAAGCCUAAAGCAACUAAAAUUGCUCAACCUUUCCAACAACAUGCUCUCCGGUCCUCUGCCUCCAUUCUUGGCAAACCUAACGAAUUUGGAAGAACUGGACCUUUGUCAAAACCAACUCUCAGGAGAGAUCCCCUUGGAGUUGACUCAACUCACUUCGCUUGAGGUCUUCAACGUCUCUUAUAACCGUCUGACCGGGCCGAUACCACAGUCAUCGCAGUUUGCUACAUUCGAAAACAACUCCUACAAGGGAAACUCGGGGCUAUGUGGCAAUCCUCUGUCUAGAAAAUGCGGAGAUCUCAAAGCGUCACCACCAUCAUCUCCAGCAUCAGAAGAAGAUCAAGACUCAGGAAGUGCAGUGGAAUUAGACUGGAAGAUUGUGUGCAUGGGCUAUGCAAGUGGGCUAGUGAUUGGAGUGGCCCUGGGGAACUGCUUGAUCACAAGAAGAAGGGCACAGAGACUUGCGAAGAACUUUGGCAGAAGAAAGCGAAGGCAAAGAAGGUAG